AAUGACGUACUAAACGAACAUUUGUGAAGACUCAUCGUGGCGAAGGUAAAGGUAUCACGACGUGGUAAUAUCUCGACACCAAAUUUCUCCAAGACAUCUAAUCACACGCUUACCUCACGAUGAAUCAUGGUAAAAAUUAUAAUCGUGAAACGAAUUUCUUUGGAAAGUAUAUGUCAGAAACGCCGGAAAAGGAAAACGAUACAAAUUUAGAUCUGAUUCGCAAGAUGACCAAUAAACACCCGAGUCUCUUUACUAAAUCUGGUUAUUCUAAUGCGAGUUCACCUGGUACAGCGUCCUCCGGAAGCAGCACGAAUUCUCAAUGCUACGGCCAAUCCCCAGAUUUUAGCGUUGAUUCGUUAAUUAACACUCUAUUACAAGUUGUAAACGGUGAUAAUUUUAAUGGACCUGCUUCCUGCAAUAUUCAGUUCUCGCAAACUGGAAAUUCCGUUAAUAACAGAUGUAAGGAUUGCAUUGACGCGGUUUGUGAUUUGUGUUCUUCGAAUCGACUUUUGAAUCCCUCAGAGUUGUGCCACGAGGAUGAACAUAACCAAACGCAUAAUAUACCAGAAAUACCAAGUCCUACAAUAAUCAAUGUCCCGAAUUUGACUACUUCAGAAUUACCUCUAUUUUGCGAUUUACAUCGCGAUGCUCAAAAAUUUUACUGUCAAACUUGUAGUAAACCAGUAUGUGGUGAAUGUGGAAUCCACCAUCAUCGUGGACAUAUUACGGUAAAUUUAAUGGAAGCCGUUGAAGGUGCUGGAAUUCAAGCAAAUCAAGUAUUAAAAGAAGCUAAACUUGGAAUAAUGGCCCUCAGGGAAGAACUGGAUGCUGUACAAAUAGCAGCAGAGAUAUUGGAACAAAAAGCAAGACAAGCAACUGCAGAUGUGAUGUUGUGCGUAAGAAGAGUAGCUUCCGCUUUGGAAACGAGGGAAAAAGAAUUGUUAAGUAGAAUCGAAAAAGCUAGGCUUCUCAAAUUUGCUGCAUUAAAAGCGAGAGAUGAGGGGCUUAGAUAUGGAAUAGCCCGAUUAUCACGGGCUGCUGAUAAGCUUAGCGAAGCCAUGGAGUCCAAAACGUUGGCUAGCAAUCCAUUAAAUUUGUUACUCACUAAGGACAUGGCUUCUCAAGAGGUUUUUCAAAUUCGUCAAAGUCGCCAAUCCCUUCCAUCGCAAGAGGAGAAUUGGAUUUUAUUUAAUGGUUUGGAAGAUACAAUAUUAAAUGUUAUAGCAAACCUUGGAGCUGUUGUCGUAAAUAAUCCAGGUCCUAUUGGCGAUCGACGAGCAGUAAGAGGCCGUGGAAAUUCACCUCAGAUAUUACUCAGGCAAACAGUCUCGAUUCCGCUAGUUUCGGUACCCAGAGGAAGACCAGUUCCUUCAAACAAUUUUCCAGUUACAGUUAGAAUAAAUCGGAAUUCUGAUUUACCUGUAAAACCGUUAAGAAUAAUUGGCAAUAAUGGCGAUCCGAAAGAUAAUCUUUGCCGACCCUGGGGAGUGGCAUGCGACAAAGAAGGACAUAUAGUUGUCGCGGAUAGGUCAAAUAAUCGUAUCCAAAUAUAUCGCCAGGAUGGUUCCUUUUUGAGAAGAUUCGGUACACAUGGUACUGCACCAGGACAAUUCGAUCGCCCAGCUGGCGUAGCGGUCGAUGCUCGCCGUCGUAUAGUUGUAGCUGACAAAGAUAAUCAUCGUAUACAGGUAUUGACGAUGGAAGGUAUAUUUCUUCUAAGUUUUGGUGAAAAAGGCUGUCGUUGUGGUCAAUUCAAUUAUCCAUGGGAUGUCGCUGUGAACUCUGAAUGUCAAAUAGUCGUGUCCGAUACGAGAAAUCAUCGCGUCCAGUUAUUCAGUCCAGAGGGCGUUUUCCUCCGAAAAUAUGGUUAUGAAUCAGCGUCCAACAUGUGGAAGCACUUCGACUCACCACGUGGAGUGGCGUUCAAUCCGGAUGGCAACGUUGUUACAACGGAUUUUAAUAAUCACAGGGUAGUGAUCAUCGACGCUGAUUUCAUGCAUGCUCGAAUUUUCGGAUGCGAGUGUGCAGGUGGUUUGAAACAGUUCCUGAGACCGCAAGGUUUAGUGAUCGACGACGAAGGUAACAUUAUUAUAGCCGACUCUAGAAAUAACCGAAUUCAGGUAUUCGAUUCGGCUGGUAUGUUGAAAUGGCGAUUUGGUAGCUAUGGAAAAGGUGAAGACGAGAUGGAUAGGCCAUCAGGAAUAGCAUUGUGCCCUGACGGUAGAAUCGUUGUCGUAGACUUUGGUAAUAAUCGAGUUCUUCUUAUUUAAAUCAUCGGUUGAUUGGUUCCGCAAGUAAGAAAAGAAGUGCUAGUAAGAGUAAGAUUUUAUACACGUUAAAAAGAAAAAUUUCGCGACAGUGAUUGCGGACACGACGUUACUGUUUUUGUCGAUUUUAGAAGUAAGCGUGUGACGCUUAAGACCCACAGAUAACAAGCGUUAGAGGCAAUAUUUUCCUACUGAUUGUAUAUAAUAUGGAAAUCCGUAUAGGUUCCUUUCGAAGCUUCGGGUUUUCUCACUUUGAGUGCCAAGCAACCAAGUACAAAAAAAGAAAAAGAAAAAAAAAGAUUAAGAAAAAAUGAACUUUUCGUUCUGAAAUCAUAUCGUUAUGGAUGUUCCCAUCAGAAGAGAAACGUUAUUUUCACAUUAUUCAUACGUAGUUAUCCGUUGUCUGUAAAUUCGUAGAUGAUGGUGAAAGCAGAAAACGAAAAAUGUUAGUGGUGAUAGCGUGAUAAGCAAAUAAAAAAGUGAGCAAAAAUUGAGAGUGAUUCGUUCCAGUAUUGACUAUCUCGUAAGAUAGCGAUAAAUUAUGUAGGCGAGGAUUAGAGUAAAGGCAAUUUCCCGAAGGAUUCCUAAACUACGACCUAUGUAUGUUACUUUUAUUAUCA